GGAAUAAUAAAUACCGGCUCCGCGUACCCUCGGGUUCUCGCCACCGAAAGCUAGGGUUUGGGUUUUUCGAGUCGUCUGCCUUCGAUACCAGCGAAGAUGGGUCACUCCAACGUUUGGAACUCCCAUCCUAAGAACUACGGCCCUGGAUCCAGGGCUUGCCGCGUGUGUGGCAAUCCACAUGGUUUGAUUCGGAAGUAUGGGCUCAUGUGUUGCAGGCAGUGCUUCCGCAGCAACUCCAAGGAGAUUGGCUUCAUCAAGUAUCGUUGAGAAGAAGAAAGCAUGCCUGGGACAGGCAAUAGAGGAAGAAGAAUCGCGGCUAUGGUUUCCCAUUGAAUUGCUUGUUAGUUUCUUAAGUAUGAUGGUUAAUGAAGACAUUGUGGUUCCUUGAAAGUAAUUAUUGAAGUUUGUUGCUCCGCCCCCCCCCCCCCCCCCCCCCUCCCUCUCUCCCUCUCUCUCUCUCUCUCUCUCUCUCUCUCUCUCCUGGAUUUGGUAGAAUCUGCAGAGUUUUCAUUUAAAUGUGAUGGUUCCUCUUCCUGAUUUCAUAUGUUGUCAGCAUAUGGUAAUUUGGUAGCUUUGUGAAAUUUACUUACUGUUCCAAGC